AUGUUCGACAACCUAUCCUCUGCAAAGAACACAGAGGUAAAGAAGCUGUUGUCCACUGAGUGGAAAAAUUUAUCGCAACCUCAUGUGAUGGUAGUACACACAAAAUACCAUAGAACAAGAGUUCAGAAUGUGCCACAGAUGGAUAAGGUGAGGGAAAAACUUUUAAAUAAGUUAGGUUACAUCCCUGUCUUCAUAUUCCUUCAACAGUUUGCCAAAUGUGGUGAUAGUCCUGGUCCUUAUCGAAAUUGUGAUAAGGCACUAAUGCUUCUCUACUUUAUGGUGCAAGGUUUGCCUUUUGAUGGUACUGGCCUUCCAAAAAGCACUCUUCAUAGAGUGUACAAGUUCUUCUUUAAAGAACAUUACACUGAGAACAAAAAAUGGGCAGCUUAUGCGUUGAAAACCUGGUUCUCAACUCCAUUGCUAAGAGUAUUAACUGCACAAACUGAAAAUCCGACCACAAACGAAGGAAGGGAAGUUGUGACAAUGCAUGGGGAUGGACAUGACACAGAGUUUGAUUACGCCCCAGUUGACGAGAAUGAAAUCGUCUCAAGAAAAGACCUUUAUUCGUGGAAGCUAAAGAGAACAGGUCUCCGCACUCAAGUAAUUCAGGACAUUCAAGGGUUUGCAUUAAUGGUAUCAGACGCAGCUAAAUGUAAAGACAAUCCUGAUCAGACCAUGUUUAAGAAAACGCCAAUCCAUACUCUAAUACAUCCAACCGAUGUCCUUCAACUUGAUGGAGGAUAUUCCUACAAAUGGAUCAUUAAAAAGGCUCCAUAUACUCCACCACAACCACAAAAGAAAUCAAAAAGUCGUUAA